AAAUUCAGUAACCUCCAAUCCCUAGAUUUAGUGACUUACAGUAUCGUGUAAAUUUUGGAGAUUCGCGAUAAUACUUACAUAAUUUAAGUUUUUAACAAACAUUGACCGGUGGACGCUUAUGAACUAAGUACAAGACAGUUCUUCAACUAUGGGAAAACCAUUUAUUCCUUGUGUGCAGCCAAGUCUUGAAAUCCACUAUCGGAUAAAUUAGUCUAAGCAACUCCCUUGAAAUGGUAUAAGGGGAAACUUUAAUAUGCAUCUUUUCAGAAAGGGCGCAGCAUACCACAAUAAUAUUCAGACACGUUUUGCUCUUUGGCUUAUUUUUCUGCGUACAUCCCUACUUGAAUAUAUCUAGGAUUAACUGGUACUGCUCGGUAAGAGAAAGUUUCAUUUGAAGCAUUUGAAGAAUUCAGACUGGGAAUCGAUAAUAAGUAAUAAUGGCCAGUAGGAUGCCUAAUAACUUCAGAAACUGUUCAUGUUAUGUACUUCCGAAGAACACUUUAACUGCUCUGAACUUUAGAUUGACUCAAAACCAAUAAACAAUGUUUACUACAAUGGAUGUAUAUGAUGCAGCCUUAUCUAUCGGUCGUGAAUGCCAGUUAAUUGUUGAUGAGUAUGGUGAUGAUGUAUUAAGAGAUUUAAUGCCGAAAAUUGUCUAUAUUUUGGAAGAAUUAGAAGCUUGUACUAGUUAUUGUGAUAAAGAAAAGGAAGAAAUUGCACGCCUUCAAACGGUUGCAGAUGAACUUCGUCAAGAUCAGAAAUCUGACAUUAUACUUAAAGAUAAAUAUGAUAAAAGUUUGGAACAGCUUGAACAAAGUUGGUAUUGUGAAAGUCAAAAGUUAUUGCAAGAAAUUGCUGAAUUAGAACAAGAAAAUGUUCGUUUAACACAUCAUUUAAUUUCUUCUUGUCAUAAAGAGGUCAGAGAACAGGAAGAUUCCAAUAUCUUACAAAAUUGUGUAAUGUGUGAUGAAUCAAAUAUUAUAUGUCCAACAUCUCACCAGUCAAAAGUAGGUGCUUUUUUAUUAGCCACUGCAAAGUUGGGUCUUAAAGGUGUUUCAGUCAAUCUUGACACGGACAAAAUUUAUGACAACUUAAAAAUCAAACCUAGUGAGGAGGAAUUAUCUGAUAUGAUGUCUAGUUUACUAUUGGAGACGGAAGAAAGAAUACAGUUAACUGAACAAGAAAAUCGUGCAGCUGAUCUUCAACUAGUUCAACAACUAAAAGAAUGUGUAGCAAUUAAUUACAAAACUGCACGACAAAUUCGUCGUGAGUUAACUGAAGUUGGCGCUUCAUUAGAUGCAUCGGAAGAAGAAGUUUGUCGUUUAGCUCGUCAAAGCGGUCAAUUAUUGGCAUCUUGUGCCCCUCAUAGACGUCAAACUGGUCAAUUGGUGUCAGAAAAAGCCACACUUGAAACACAGUUAUGUGUAAAAGAACGAGAAUUGGCUAAUUUACUGAAAGAUUUAUCAAAUAACGAUACGCUACAUAAUGACCAAUCUGGAAUAAUGUCGAAUACAUGUGAAUCAAUACUACAACUACCUGCUGGACAAGGUUUAGAAUCAAUUAAUUUUGAACAAGAAUCAAAUACUACUAAUAAAUAUAUCUCUGUAGAAGAAUUACGUUAUCUGCUACAUGAACGAAAUGAACUUAAAUGUCGACUAAUUGAAUUGGAAGAAGAAUUGAGACUGUUAGAGUUAGAAAAUCAAAAGGAUCCAGAAGUAGAAGGACCUAUGUUGCCUGAACCACCUGAAAAACUUCGUCCAAAUAGGAAAAACCGUUUAACUAUAAAAAUGAUCUUUGAAAAUCUUCUUCAUCAUUUAACUGAACGUGCUACAACUAUAUUAUCAUGAAGCUGGUUGGUUGGUUAUUAUCAUGAAUAAUAUUCCCUACACAAGAUUCUUUUGAGCUAUUAUACGCAUUUAUAAUCCUAUUGACUUUUGUUUAUUUAUCUUAGAUUGCAUAAUACACAAUAAUUGUAAUAAGACUCAUAAUGAUAAAUAUAUAUAUUAUUGUAUCCGUCUGUGUGGUGUGUGUGUGUUUGUGCAUUUCAUUUGGAGUUGAUCAUUUUAUGCUUUCUAUGUUUUAGUUUCUAUUGAAUUAAAAGAAAAUAUUCAAUUGUUAUUUUUUGAAUUUUAUUAUCAUUAUUCAUAAUAUUUUGUUUCUUUUUGUGAAAUAUGUUUGUAAAAUUGAUUAAUUUUGUUUUUAUUAUUUUACAUUGGUGAUAAAAUUCAUCUAUUUUACUAAUACUACUUUAUUUUAUUUGUCAGUAGUCAUUCUAGUCAUGAAUUAAUUUAUUUGUGAUUUGUUUACUGUUUUAUAAUUUUUGUUUCAAUAUUUUUAAAAGGAAGUUCUAUGUUAUUUAUUACUUAAUCUAUAAUUCAUUAACUCAUAUAGGCGCUUUUUUGUCUUAUUCGUUUAAAUGAAUAAACUGAAUAUAUUCAAAU